CUCUGUUCGCCUUCUUCCAGCUCUGGAACUUUCUUCUAACUGAGAUUAAUACCGCAAAAAAUGUCAUCCAUGGCCAUGGCUAAGGUAAGAAUAUGUCGUUGCCUUUUUUCAUCUAAACAUUCAUCAUCCCUGUCUUUCUUCAUUAGAAAAGCCUAUUUCUUCUCACUUCGAACGUUUCUCAACAACUCAAACCCCCAUAUUUCCUCUUCAUUUUAUCUGCCCACUGCAACCCAUAGUAGAUUUACAGUACUCUCAUCCCCCUUCUCUUCCUCUCCCCGCACCCCAAACCAUACCAAAAUUAACACCAAGGUCAACUUUUCUCCCCCUGACUCAGACUCUGAAGAUGAACAAGAACAAAAAAACGAUUCCAAACAAGAAUUUGACAAAUCCAAAUUCCCUCCUCCUUACGACCCCUUUAACAAGAAACCGGUUAUCGAAGAAGUGCAAGACCCCAAAAACCUGCAACAAGUGUUCCACAAUAUGAGAGGAGACGGCCUCAUCAACAAUGCUGUUAAGAUGUUCGAUGCAUUGUCAAAAGACGGACUGACCCAUGAAGCAUUGGAACUUUUUUCAGAGUUUAAAGAUAAGGGCCAGAUGCCGGACGUUGUUGCUCAUACAGCAGUUAUUGAAGCUUAUGCCAACGCGGGUCAGAGUAAAGAAGCUCUCAAAAGUUAUAUGCGGAUGUUGGCAUCUGGGGUUGCACCCAAUGCUUACACUUAUACUGUUCUCAUCAAAGCUCUUGCCGCUGCUGAUGCUAAGCAUCUUGUGGAUGCAAAAAAGUAUUUGAUGGAGAUGAUAGGGAAAGGGAUGAGGCCUAAUGCACCUACUUACACGGCGGUUUUUGAGGCGUUUGCGAGGGUGGAGAAGAUGGAGGAGGCCAAGGAGUUUUUGGGGCAGAUGAAGGAGAAGGGAUUUGUGGCUGAUGAGAAGGAUGUGAGAGCGGUUCUUAGUAAUAAGAGAGGGCCAGUAUUUCGAAGCGUUAUGAGUGUUCUGUUUGAUAAAUGAUUAGACAAGUUUUCUUGGCCGGUCUUAGGCUCUUGAAUUUGCUGCUUGUUUUCCUUUUCCCCAUAAUGCUUGCUCAGCCAAA